AUGAACAGCGCAACCAGCAUUCACUUCGAUACUGUCACUUCUGGAGUCACCACAAUCACCCAGCCUACGGUUGCCCUGGCCCAUCCCCUGCGCACUGUAUAUGACUAUUAUGCUCAGCCGCGAGAGAAGGCACUCUCAUUGGAAGAUUCUUCAGAUUCACGUGACGCUCACAGUUUCACUUCUAGUUCCUAUGCCUCCAUUUCCACUGUCAGUAGCUUUCAUGUGACGCUCCGUGAUGCCAAACUCAAGCACGUGACCAGAUUCAAGCAGUGGACUAAGCGUGUGAAGGAAAAAGUGCUCACUAAGUUCAAUCCCCCCAUCCAUCCUUCCACCACGCUAAGCUGUGUGCAUUCGUUGGUGGAGUCUAUGGACGUGCCACUGACAGAUACAACCACAGGCCAGUUAACCCAUUGGCCCGUGCUGCUCAAGUUAGUAGAUCACAUGACCCACAACUUCCCUUUCACCCAAAAUCAGCUUUGGUGCGUUCAGCGUACAAUUAGCCAGUUGGACAGUCUGGUUUUCGGCGCUGAAAACGUCGAAAGUGUUGUACUGGACAUGGAAGAGACUGAAACCAGACUGUUGGGACUGGUUUACAAGUUCAAGACAGCCUUUUGUCUCAACUACAGGCGUGACAUGAGCAUCUAA